AAGCAGGGAGCACUGUUUUGAGGCGGUUUCAAGACCAAGGCCUCCCCCAUAGACUUUUUUUCAACCCCCCUUUAAGUACAUGCAAACAGGAAGCCCUGGUCUCGUCACUCCUCAGUCAAUGCAGUAUUCAUUCUUGCCGAGAAGGCUAAGAUGGAGGCUGUACAAAGGGAUUACUGGUACUCACUGGCACUUUUGACUUUUCUCAUUAUUCUCAAAGCAUCGCUUCAGAAGAGUGGUGAUGAAACCGUAAGACUGGAGGAUGGGAUGAUCCUGGAGUGUUUGUGUCCCUGGGAUGGGAACCUCAGUAUGGUCUCCUGGACCAAAGUACCCGGCAAAAACCCCAUAGCUGUUUACCAUCCACGGUUUGGGCCGAACCUUGCAGUCGGGUACAACGACAGGCUGGCGUUCCUGAAUAGAACCUCUAUGGAUGGAAGCAUCUCAAUCGCCAAUGUCACAGAAGAGGAUGCUGGUCUUUACCAGUGCUCCAUGCAGACCUUUCCUCUUGGGACAUGGACUAGAGAUGUCCAGGUGAUAAAAGAGAAUUUUUUGCCUCAUUCGGAAGUGACUAUGAUGGUGGGUGGGAAUCUGACUGUGGUAUGCCCCAUCUACAAUUACACUGUCAGUGAAGACUUCGUCAGUGAGAUCCUCAUUAGGAAGGAUGACCAGGAGCACAUCAUCGGCAGGUGUAUACUGCAAGAUGGCACUUAUGUGUUGAAGGACCAGCAUGAGACGAUACCAGUCAACUGUGCCGAUCCCCACCUCGGUGUGACCUUUGAACUCAACAACUUGAUCAUUGCGGACGAAGGCCGAUACCGGUGUUUGAUGAGCACCGAACACGGCGUUGAAAUCUUCACAUAUCAACUGACUGUCCACUCUCAAGAUGAACUUCACACACCCACUAUUGGUCCUGAGGAAGCUGGGUCUUCCUCAACACUACAUCAAGUACAGGUGUUAGAAGAUGUAAAUCCAUCUGAGGGAAUACCCGUCACUGAAUUGCCCCCCUCAGAUACUGCCCAUGAUGUGACUGAUCCUUCAGCUCCAGCUGAGAGAAUGUUUACCACUGAUUCAGCCUCUUCAGCCACAACUAACUCUGUGCGUCAUCCUUCAGGUCCAGUUGAGGGAAUGUCAACCACAGCACUGGCUUCAGUCAUAGCCAUCACUGUGCCACAUACCUUAGCCUCUACUAAGGGAAUGUCAACCACUGAAAUGGCUCCCUCAGUGGGAAACACCAUUGUGGCUCUUCCACAAGCUCCAUCUGAGGGAAUGCUUUCCACUGAAUCAGUCAUAGCCACCACUGUGCCUCAUCCUACAGAUCCACCUUUAACUGAAGCCAUGUCUACCACUAAAUUGGCUCCUGCAGUCAUAACCACCGCUGGGUUUCAUCUCCCAGAGGGCUGCAGGUCCCCACCACAAUUCGGCCCCUGUAGGGGUUCCUUCCCUCGGUUCUACUAUGAUGUCACCACUCAAAGCUGUGAGAGUUUCAUCUAUGGUGGGUGUCGGGGGAAUUCCAAUAGCUUUUUGACUCAAGAGGAGUGUGAGUCAACAUGCAAAAGCAUAACUGGUCCAUCUGAGGGAGUGACCACUGAAUUGACUCCCUCGGUCCUAGCCACCACUAUGCCUCAUCCCCCAGCUCCAUCUGAAGGAAAGUCAACCACUGACUUGGCACCCUCAGUUGUAGCCAUCACUGUACCUCCACCAGCUCCAUCUGAGGAAGCAUCUUCCACUGAAUCGGCUCCCGACGUCGCCACUACUGUGCCGCUUCCUCCAGAGCCAUCUGAGGGCAUAUCUGCCACUGAACCUGCUCCCUCAGCCAAAGCUACCACUGUGCCUCAUUCCACAGACAACGGCUAUUCUUGGAUGGACUUCCUGGACAUCCCUGAGGAGUAUCGGAUCUACGUGUACGCUGGGUCUGGGGCAGCUGGGCUGCUGCUCCUCCUGCUCAUCAUCAUACUGGUCUGCUUGUACAGGAGGAAAAAGAGACGGGAGGCAUACAGAGUCAAACUCCAUCCCGGGAGAAGAUGGCGCGACUCGGAGCAGGGUGGCUUCUACGACCGCAUGAGGAAGGGCACCAGGUGGGGCAGACAGGAGCCCAUUUAUGCCAACGUUCGCACGGGACACAAACACAAGUACAAGCCCAAGCAGAAGAGGAAGAGAUGAUUCCACUACCUCUCUGAAACUCACGCUGCACCCUGCCAAAAAAAAAAAAGUUUUGUUUGUUUUAAGGUCAAGGCAAACCCCAGGGGAUCUGAGGACAGUGUGUUUCAUGUGACGAAAGCGCAAGAGUGAAAGUGAAGCACAUGGAAUGAGCUGUGAUGUGAUGGAACUAACCUUGAUGUGAAUUCUAAUACACACUCCCAAGAAAAAAACCUCCAACAAAGAAGGAUAACCAACCAUUACGGAAGUAAUGUUUCCCUAAAAGACCCAUCACUACUUUAAUAUUUAGCAUCAUUUUCAUCUUAAGGCUACCACUGACCUCAUGCUAUAUAACAAUGCAUCUAAAUCCAAUAGUAGAAUUGCAAUUUCUCCCUUUAGCAGAGGAGUUUUUUUCUGAUUAUUUUAUAUGUUAAAGGGUGCAGAGUACAAGGGUCCAUUUUCAAUACCAGGAACCCUCUACAGUCAAGGUCAUUAGCUCUCAAAAAAUCUAUACAGCGGACAGUAAAAGAGCAUAGUUGUAAGUUCCAUCCAAUGACUAAAAAAAAACAUAAAAAAACAUAAAAAAAACAAUGGAUAAUUUAUGCUUAGUCAGAACCAAAGACACAGGAAGAAACCAAAAAUGGCUAAGACUUAACCAAUUAUGGUAAAUUCUGGCAAAAAUUUGUGAAAAUGGCUGACCAAUUUUGGCUUUGUUUUGCUGUAGAACGUAAGUGCAUGACACCAUGCGCAACAUAUCCAUGUUUUCUAUACUCAUUGGUUCUUGCAGAAAGGUUCUUCUGGAACUUCUCCGCAAAACACUCAAUGAUUCUAGAUAUCCGUUUGGUGCACAGCACCCAGAAUGGCAGAUCCCUCACUGAUCCACCAGAACUGAGCCAAAUCGGGCUGAAUCAGGGAUGGAUCUCUUCCAGAAUCAGCUGAUGGCCACCAUUCCUCAGAUCCCUCAUUGUUCCUGUCUGACGCCUCUGACCGUGAAUACCAGUUCUGUGGCAGCCCAGGGCUGUAGGCGUGGAUGAAUUCGCUAUUCACUGCCAUUGUAGCUGAAUGAGGUAAGAGUGGUCUGCCUAGUUUCUUUAUCUGUGCAUAAAUAGAACCAUGGACUGUAGAGAUUAGCUGGUCACUUUGCAAUAGUGGCAGAGGGAUGGUAGAGAGUGGACCCUCUGAACAGUUUUUAUUUUAUGUUUUAUUUUAUUUUGUCAUUAUUUAUUUAAAGCUUCCUAUAAAGAGUAAUGUUCAGAGAAACCAUAUGUUGUUUUUUUUAUGUUGUUUGUUCGACUUUUAGUGAAAUAAAAUAUGAAACUUGAAAA